AUGUGUACAGGCUCAUUAGUGUCAACAAGGGCAGUGCUCACAGCUGGUCAUUGUGUUUGCUCACCGCUGCCAGUCGUUCGGGUUUCAUUUCUCACACUGAGGAAUGGCGACCAACAAGGCAUCCAUCAUCAACCGUCUGGAGUGGUGGUAGCACCAGGAUACAUGCCCUCUUGUAUGUCGGCACGACAGAGGAGACCAAUCCAACAGACACUCAGUGGAUUCGACAUUGCAAUUGUAUCGCUCGCUCAAUUGGUCAACUUACAGACUGGAAUCAGAGUGCUCAGUCUGCCACAGCCAACGGAUAUACCGAGACCUGGAACUCCGGUUUUCAUUGUUGGUUAUGGAAGGGAUGAUAACGACCGUGAUCCACAACGUAAAAAUGGUGGAAUUUUAAAGAAAGGUGAGUGA